GCCGAGGCUGCCCGACAAACUGUCGAGGACAGGGAGACCCGCGAACCUACUAUGCCUGUCGCCUCCGUGUCCAAAUCUACUAUGCCUGUCGCCUCCGUGUCCGUGGCAAUCGCGACUGCCCUGAAACCGUUUAUGGACCGACUGGACCAUUUGGAAGAUGCAGCACAAACAGCAUCCUCCGCCCCAGGUCGAGAGCUUCCGGAAGCUACAUUUCCAGGCGUCUCCUGUCCCCAUGUCGCUAGAAGUCCGGCAGCUGACACGCCUACUGACCACACCAUGGGCCUCAUCCUUGCGGGAGUGGCAACAAGUACCACCUGGUCAUACGCUGCCAGUGUGACGGCAUCCGAGAGGUACGCCAGGCUGCACCGUGUCGCGCCAUACCCAAUUCAGGCCACCCGCCUACUGGAUUUCCUAGCAUACAUGUCAUCCAAGUGCAGGCUGGCAACGAUCAAGGUCUACCUCCAUGGCCUCCGGCAUUACUGCGUGGUCAACCACCUGACGUUGUCCCCGUUCCAGGACGAACGACUGGACCUGCUGCUCCAGGGUAUCGCCCGCAACCAGCGCACGAGCAGUCAGGUGCAGGAACGCCGUGCUGUCACGCAGCAUCACCUCCGUGCAAUCCAGGGCUUUCUGCCGCACUCCGGUCUAUCACCAGCGGACCAAGCCAUGCUCUGGAGCGCUAUCACACUCGCCUACUACGGGUUCCUGCGAGUCAGCGAGUAUGCCUCCACCGACCCGCGGAAGAUGCUGACGCAGGAACGCGUCUGCAUCCGGGAGAACACAGUGACGCUGGCUAUCCCGUUCUCCAAAACAACGCAACUGGGAGAGGGCAGCGAUGUGACGGUCGGCGCCACCAACGAUAGCACCUGCCCUGUAGCCGCAUUCUCGAAGUACGCACAGCUGCGCCCCCAAGUGGCGGGAGCGUAUUUCCGCUACCAGUCUGGCCAGCCGCUUCGCCCCUCAGACAUGAACGACUUACUCCGCCGAGCUCUCGCUGGCCAGACGAUCACCAGCCAUAGCCUGGGUAUCGGUGCAGCCACUGCCGCCUGAAGGAAUGGCCUGCCACCUUAUGUCAUCCAAAGGGCCGGCCG